AUUAGACCCAUUUGACGUAUAAACACGCUCAAACGAUACACUCGUGUGUCUGUAUCUGCACUCAAGAAAAAUAUUAGUCUAUCACAUACAGGUCGAUGAUUUGAAUAUUUUAAUAUUAUAAUCAAGACUGAGUCUUGGAGUAACACAAAACGUGAUCGUGUGGCAUCUAAAUUAAUUUUGACAGCUCCUUAAUAGUUUUGUUUUCACUACUGCAACUAAGUUUAUUUCUUUUCGUUUUUGCGACGUUGAAUUUUUCUUCAGUUGAGUGCAUUUCCUACUUCCUUGUUGUACAAAUCGUUUAUCAAUCAAAAUGUUACGAAAUACUUUUUUUAUUGCUGCACACACAUUAGCCAGACCGCAUAGCAUACGCACAUGUGGUGAAAUUGCAUUCAGAAAAGUAAUUAAUGCGGUCCCAGCAAUUAGUGAAAUGCCAUCAUUUAGAGCUAUGGGCCAUGCCAAGAGUUUUUCAACAAAUGUACCAAAUCUACAAAAAGAUGAAAUUGAAGUAUUUUUCGUAAAAGCUGACGGUACCAAAGUCAGGGGCACUGGAAAAAUUGGUGAUUCAUUGCUUGAUGUGGUUGUUAAUAAUAGUAUUGACUUGGAAGGCUUUGGUGCCUGUGAAGGAACGCUCACUUGCUCAACGUGCCAUUUGAUAUUCAAACAAGACGAUUACGAUCGAUUACCAGAAAAACCCGGCGACGAAGAAUUGGACAUGUUGGACCUGGCCUAUGAACUAACAGACACAUCACGAUUGGGCUGCCAAAUAAUUUUAUCAAAAGAACUGAAUGGCCUUGAAGUUCGAGUUCCAACAACGAUAAACGAUGCCAGAAGUUAACUACUUCCCAACACUCGCACAACUCAUUUUGCAAUAGAUAGUCGGAAGGUGUACAAAUUACCAUACCAAACUAGGUGGCAAUAUAUCAUUCACAUACAAUUCAAUCCUAUUGUCUAAAGAAUGUUUUAGAAAAGAAGUGCUUUAUAUUUUAUACACAAAAAUUGCAUGGCAACACCUCAUGAAAAUUGUACGUUAAAGGACAACAAACAAACACAUGGCAAAUUAUUGAGACAUUCAAUAGAUGAAUAGUUGUUGUUGUGUUUUCUUCAAGUAUAUGUUAUGAUUUAACAAAAAUAAAGAAAAAAUCGAAAUGACAUUA